AUGUGGUCACUGGAACGCAAGCUGGACAAAGUAAUUGGCAACAAUAGUCAUUCUUACAUUGGAGUUCAACAACAAAAUGGAAACUGGGUUUAUGGUGAUGGAAGUCCGUUGAUCUAUCAGAAUUGGAAAAGUGGUCAUCCUUUAUCCAACAUGAGUUGUGCGGUGAUCAGUGCAAAGGAUUACCAAUGGACAUCCGUUGAUUGUGCAUCAAGUCACUCCUUCAUUUGCUCGAUUCCCGAUCAGACACCAACUCAAACCACAACGAUUCGUGUAAUCACCACUCGCACAACUCCAUCCACUAUUACUCCACCCACCGUCACUCCACCAUCAUCUGGUGAG